AUGGCGGGCAUCCUCGAAAGCGUGCCGACCAUCAUCACGACUGCAAUAGCCGCAAAAGGCAUCGUUGAGGCCAUCGUUGAACUCGCCCAAGAUGCGAAGAAGAUCGGAAAGCAGAUGCGAGCUGAUGCUUUGCCUUUUCGAGCAUUUGGGGAUUUGAUCGAGACGGCCCAGUACUCGAUCAAAUUCCGCCUCCCCCAAGACAACUCAGCAGUCAUCUCGUAUAUGCGUGAUCGACAGGUUUUGGACAACAUGGAACAAGAAGCAAUCGACUUGAACAACGAUAUCAAGGAGCAAAAGGAUAAGAUCAGGAGACUGCAAUCGAAUUUCGGAGACCAAGCGAACUACGCUCUUCGCUUCUAUGCCGCCCACAGAUGGAAGAAUACCAGGAAGCCAAAGCUCGCGCUUCUCCUACCGAGAAUGGAACAGCUGAAGUCGACUUUGCAGCUGAUUAUCGCCGUUAUCCAACUUGAAGUGCUCUCUCGGAACGGAGGUGCUUCUCAAGGCAGAUCCAGGCUCGAUGAGAUCGAGGAGCUCAGGCAGCUCAUAGGGAAACACAUCGAAGCUAUUGGCCAACUUCGAGAAGACUUCGCGGAGCAGACAGGAAUGAACGGCGAGCGUGACUCGGCCACAGGGAUCUGCUACCUCGCAUACACUGUGGCUAAGACAGGCAGAGUUCCUCGUAGCGAACCCCGUAUUAGGUUCGACUUCUCUCAGUUGAAAGAACGGCCGAUCCUGAGCGAUGAUACCCUCCACUGGAAUCCUCCACCAAGCAACUUGCCAGCGGGUACUCCCAUCUGUCCUCAUUGCUAUCGAAACACGGGCAAAACGAACGGCAAUGCCUCAAACCUGGGUACUUCGACCCGCGGUACCUCAAACCGCAAUGCCUCGAACCGCAUUCCCUCGAGCCGGAAUACCUCGCAUGGUAGCUCCAGACAGACAGAAAGGGACUUGCCUCCAUUACCACAAGAGCCUCCUCGCCCGCAACAGCCAGCAGCUUUACCUCCCCAGCAGGAGAUUCGAGUUGUGGCUCCCGUUUCCGACGACACAAGUUCCAUCUACGGAGACCAUGAACCUCAGCAUGUUGUGACACAGCCACAGCCGAAGGAACCGGAGCUGCCGGCCCCACAAUUCAACGCCAAUCCGGAGCGUGCGCCGGAGGCGGAAUCGACGAACCCCGGCAUCGUCAUCGAGCCUCCCCCAGCACAGGAUCCUCUCCCGGAACAACUCCCAGAGCCACAGCCAGAGCCAGAGAUAGGACCAGUUCCGAAAACAAACUCGGACUCCGGCCCAGCUGAAGCUCCCCCACAUCCUCCAUCCUCAUUCCCCUACAACGUCCCCGACAUCCCCCUAAUUGACGGCCAAGUGCCUCCUCAAUCUCGGAGUCCUUCCCUCUAUCCAGAAUCGGAUCACGAUCUUGUCCCGGAUGUGACAAGCGAAACCAACGGGACGCUGCUCGAAGCCCCCGCCCCUUGGGUGACUCGCUCAAGGCGCCCAACCGCCGAACGCCUCCCACCGGUAAUUACAUCCGUCGAGAUCCUCAACCACAAGAACCAAUGGCACAGCAUGCAAGUGCACCUAGACACCUCCUUGUACAUCCCCAACCGACACGAAGCAGGCCGUAAAGAGGUCCACUACUACGGAAUCGUUUCGCUGCGCACGCUGAUCGACGAGUUGGGAUGGCCUGAGGAGACGUUGCUAGAGGAUCCGAGGUUCGUGGAGAUUCCCAAUGGGAAGAAGUUCAACUGGAAUUUGGAAAGGCAUGAAGGCGUUGGAAGAGUGAUGUUGACUUGGAGAGUCGACCAGUCGGACGAUGAGUGGGCGAAUGCGGUGGUGCCGAAAAUGACGAGGGAGUGCAUUGUUUCGAGAGAAGAUCCUUGUGAGCAGGGUGUGGUUUUGAAGGCGAUGCCUGCGGCUCAGAAUGCUUAGGCUGAAGAGGACAGGGAGUUGGUGAAGGGGAAGUGAGGUUUCUUUGUUAUGAUCCGGAAGGUGAAAUUAACUUGGGGAGAAAGAGAAAGGAAGAGGUGACACGUUGAUCGAAAGUUCGGUGACGAAAAGUCGGGAGGGUUUUGUGUUUUUUUCUUGCUGGAUGAGCUCACGGGCACUAGACCUCAGUGCCAAUCCACGGCCGUCUUUCCUUUGUCAUUUCUCUUUUGAUGCUGUUAACUCACUUGUCAUCCCAUCGUCGCGGUGGUGGGCUCGAAGUGAAUCCUGGGAGAUUGAUUGAACGGAGACUUCUUUCGAGAAAAG